CUAGGGAGGUUCCAGGGGCCGAGGCUCUGCUGUGGCCUUCUAGAGGUGGACGGAGUCUGGAACUUUUCUUGAGUGACAACGCUCUCCAUGAUGGGUGGAAGGGCAGCUGCUGGAGGAGGCUUGCGGUCUGUCCCCUCUCCCUCCCAGGUGGGAGAUGCGUUAGGGCUAGCUUCCCAGCAGGGGGGAGGCGCCUUCCCAGUUGUAGGGACUCAUCUCUCUCUCUCUCCCUCCCUUCCUCUCUCUCUCUGCAUCCCUACUCUCCUCCCUCGCUGGGCCUGGUGGCUGCAGGGUUCUCAGUAUGAACUCAAGGACAACCCGGGAGUGCACCCCGCCACCUUCGCAGCCCACACGGCCCCAGCGUAUUACCCCUACGGCCAGUUCCAGUACGGGGAUCCCGGGCGGCCCAAGAACGCCACGCGGGAGAGCACCAGCACGCUCAAAGCCUGGCUCAACGAGCACCGCAAGAACCCCUACCCCACCAAGGGCGAGAAGAUCAUGCUGGCCAUCAUCACCAAGAUGACCCUCACGCAGGUCUCCACCUGGUUCGCCAACGCGCGCCGGCGCCUCAAGAAGGAGAACAAGGUGACGUGGGGUGCGCGCAGCAAGGACCAGGAGGACGGUGCUCUCUUCGGAAGCGACACCGAGGGGGACCCAGAGAAGGCCGAGGACGACGAGGAGAUAGACCUAGAGAGCAUAGACAUCGACAAGAUCGACGAGCACGACGGCGACCAGAGCAACGAGGACGAUGAGGACAAGGCCGAGGCACCUCGCGCGCCCGCCGCGCCCACCGCCCUGGCCCGGGAACCGGGCUCGCCCCACGGCCCUCACCUGUCCGCGCCGCCACCUCAGCCGGCCGUCACCGUCGCCGCGGGGGUGCUCCACGGCGACAAGGCCUCAGCCCGCAGCAGCCCCUCGCUCCCAGAGAGAGACCUCGUCCCCAGGCCCGACUCGCCGGCCCAGCAGUUAAAGUCACCCUUCCAGCCCGUACGCGACAACUCGCUGGCCCCGCAGGAGGGAACGCCGAGGAUCCUAGCAGGCCUCCCGUCAGCCUGAUUCAGGAUCUUCUUUUACUUUCGCGGGGGGGGAGGGGGGAGAAGUUCAGGAGGGAGGGGGUGAGGGAGGAAUUAAGACAAAUAUUUCAGACUGGUGUAAAGGGCAAAUCUGGCGACGAAGUCAAGGACUCCCAUCCAUCGCUUUCUGCAGAAAGGGGCUCCUCCGGCCCCGAGCCCGCGUCCAGGCAGUCUGGCCUCUGCCCGCGCACGGCUCAGGUGGCUGUCACCGUGCUCUGGGUGAUUAUCGGUUCCAAAAUGCCCCCAUGUGCUUGUGUCUUUUUUUCUGUAUAUAGAGUGAUUUCAGAUUGUAAAUAGCACGUCAGCAAACUUGUCUAAAUCAUAUAUUUUUGUCUAAUAAACUAAAUGAAAUGAUG